AUGGAUAAGGACACGGAGCAUGACACAGGUGUCCGCAGAGAGCGGCCAUGGCUCUAUGCAUGGAACCGUAGGCUUAGGCAUCUCCAGGGAAUAUCUAUACGCAACUUGGUUGUGACGCCUUCCCCGACUCGAGCUCGCGGCAAGACUAUUGAUGACGACGAUAUUCCGAAUACCUUAAAGACACCCUCGAAGAUCCUAUCACAAAGCGAAAAUAACGCCUUGCACCCUUCGCGAUCCUUCACUGAUCUCAAGUCGCAUUCGGUUCAACAUGACAAUGCGAAGGAGCCCGCGAUACGUUCGUCGCGUCGCAGAAGUACCGUGUUCUGGAACGACCCGAAUCCUCGAACUCGGCAGGUCAAACUAGUGGAUAUUACCAACAGCCGUAUGGCGGAUACAUUCUUUUCACUUCAUUGUGAGGGUCUUAACGAGCCGGUCUAUAUUAGCGAAACGAUCGAUCGUGCAAACAAUCCGAAUUUUCGAUCUUUUGACUUGAAUCUAUGUGGCCCAUAUGUCUCGCGAAUGGAUGAAUUGACUCUGAGGCUCUGGGCAAAAACUGGCGGUAUGUCUGGAUUUAUUCUACUAGUUGAACUACAGCUGCAUCUGCGAUCACUGCAGUUCUUGGGGAAAUCAUUGGAGAGCUUUCACCAACCACUUCCUGCGAACUCGAUCCUUUUUCACUUCCCAGAUGGCGUAUAUUCCAACCUCACCGACCUUCCGCCGGUCGAAACCCCCCUCCAAGCUGCAGGACAGAAGAUCACUGCAGAUGGUACCACCUUGCCAUCCUCAUCCUAUGAUGCUUUGAUGAAAUUGGCCAAUUUGGACGAAUGUGUACAGGACGCAUUGGCAACCAGGGAAAAGUUGGAGGCUCAGAUUAGCUCCAUUCUACGGCAGAACGAGCGCUCAUUGAAUGUAGCGAGUGCUGCUGCUGCGGCACAGGAAAAGCUUGCUCUUACCAAGCAGUAUGUCGCCGUAGAGCGCAAACGAGUCCGCACCGCAGUCAGGCGCAAGGAGGAGCUUAUUGCCAGUAUCAAAGCCCGGAAAGAAGCGAUGGAGCAAGGCCGUAGUGCUCAAGAAAAGACACGCAGUCAUCUUCCCGAGGCUCAGGAGAGAUUAGUUUCCAGCGAGCAAUUGCUUGACCAAAAUGAUGAGGAUAUAAAGGGCCAGCUCCGACGUAUUGCUGAAGAUCUUCUCACGAUCUACCCUAUUGAACCCAUCCCGGACCAACCUCUGGCAUUCACCAUCGCCGGACUAGCCCUCCCAAACUCGACCUUUGAGGAUAUCGACCGUGAGGUUGUCGCAGCAGCAUUGGGAUACACGGCUCAUUUGGUCUAUCUGCUCUCGUUCUAUCUGUCUGUGCACCUCCCAUACUCGAUCAACGCGAACGGGUCAACAUCAUUCAUACAAGACCCCAUAUCUGCAUCACUCCCACAGCGCACCUACCCCCUCUACCCAGUGAGUGUCCAGUACCGGUUCGAGUACGCAGUCUUCCUCCUCAACAAAGACAUUGAAUACAUCCUCAUCAAACAAGGACUGCGUGUCUUGGAUAUUCGACACACUCUUCCCAACCUCAAGUAUCUCCUUUACGUUCUUACUUCUGGUGACUCGGUGAUUCCCGCCCGCAAAGCUGGUGGUGUCCAAGCUCUUCUUGCUGGGCGGUCCAGCCCUAAUCUAUCACGACGUGGUAGCGGGGAUAGUGGUGCAUCUGGUGAGCUGGUCCAGUCACGCAAAGCUUGGGAGUCAAUGUCGCGGAUAAAUGUCAGCCUCGCCUCACAUAGAGUGAAAUAG